UCCACACAGAAAACACAAGCAACAAAGAAUCACAUUCAUGGCUUUUUUCCUUCACCACUGCAACUAUUUGGAGCUUAAUAUGCAACAGAACAAGAAAGAAAAGAACAAGCUUUAGAGUUUUCUGCUGUGUGGGGAACAAAGGUGCUAACUUUUGGAAAAACUGGAGUCUUUUGGGUGGUUGGUUUUGUGGGCACUGUUAUUGUUCUUCUCCUUGUUAACUUUCUUAGAUGAAGGCCAUGCCCUUUCCUUUUGAGGAAUUUCAAGGGAAGGGAGUGUUGGAUUUCUCUUCUGCCACAGAUUCAUUAUCACUGCUUUUGCAUCAACAACAAAAGUGGACCAGAGACAAAGAGUAUUGCUAUGUGGGCACUGAGCCCACCUCUGUUCUUGACUCCAGAAGAAGCCCAAGUCCUCCUACUUCCUCCUCAACAAUGUCCUCUUCUCUCGGUAGCAACAGCAGCGGCAAGGGUGGUGGUUGUGGCAGUGGUUCAGCCAACAACACCAUUUGUGCAGCCCCAAAUGUCUCAGAGAAUCCACCUCAUGAAGCCUUGGAAAACAGCACAGUAAAAUGUGGUAUGCGUAUGGAGGACUGGGAGGGUCAAGAUCAAUCUAUUCUGAGAUUAAUCAUGGGUGAUGUUGAAGACCCAUCUGCAGGAUUGAGCAAGCUCUUGCAAAGCAGUGGUUGUGGGUCUCAAAAUGUUGAUUUCAAUGGAGGUUUUGGUGGUUUGGAUCAAGGGUUGAAUAUGGAAAGUAAUAUUGACCCUUCUGUGCCUGGGAAUUAUCCUGGUUUCUCAUUCAUUGCUGAGAAUAUAGAUGGCCACAAUGCAAAGGCUGGUUCUGUCUCGGUUUCAGAAUCUAUCUUCUCUGCUUCUGGUAACAAUCCUAUGUUAAUGUCAUCAUCUCCUGGUGUAUUCAAUUCUCAGCAGCACCACCACCACCACCAAGAGUUUGGAGUUGUAGAUGAGAAACCUCAAGUUAUCAAUCCCCAGUUUGUGUUAAACCAGAAUCAAGUUCAAUUCUCUGAGAAUCCCUUUUUCUUUGUGCCAUUGAAUUACCCUCAAAUGCAAGAGCAACAAGUUUUCUCUCAGCAACAAGCAAAACGCCCUCUUUAUGACACGGUUGGGCACAAUCAUCAGGUCCCAAGGCUACCCCUUUUGGAUUCAGGGCAAGAGUUAUUUGGUAGGAGGCAGCAAACACAGCUUCCAUUGUUUCCUCAUCAUCUGCAACAACAGCAAUCAUUGGUUUUGCCAUCUACAAAACAGCAGAAGGUGAGUUCCACCGGAGAUGAUGCAAGCCACCAGCUUCAGCAGAGUAUAUUUGACCAGCUAUACAAAACUGCUGAGCUGAUAGAAGCUGGUAAUCCGGUUCAUGCGCAAGGGAUAUUGGCGCGGCUCAAUCACCAGCUCUCCCCUAUUGGUAAGCCUUUUCAAAGGGCUGCUUUCUACAUGAAGGAGGCCUUGCAGUUACUGCUUCAUCCAAACAAUGAAAACUUUUUGGCUUUCUCACCCAUUAGUUUCAUAUUCAAAAUUGGGGCUUAUAAAUCAUUUUCUGAGAUAUCACCUGUUCUUCAGUUUUCCAAUUUUACAUGUAAUCAAGCCCUUAUUGAAGCUGUGGAAAGGUUUGAUCAAAUUCAUAUUAUUGAUUUUGAUAUCGGGUUUGGAGUGCAAUGGUCUUCUCUUAUGCAAGAGCUUGCCUUGAGAAAUAGUGGUGCACCUUCACUUAAAGUGACUGCUGUUGUAUCACCCUCAACAUGCGAUGAGGUCGAGCUCAAUUUUACCCGAGAUCAUUUGAAUCAAUAUGCAAAAGACAUCAACAUGUCAUUUGAGCUCCAUGUGUUAAGCAUUGAAUCAUUGAACUCUCCUUCUUGUCCCCUGCGUGGUCAGUUCUUUGAUAAUGAGGCAAUUGCUGUGAAUAUGCCAGUUUCAUGUUUCACAAAUUAUCCAUCAUUGGUUCCAUCGGUCCUUCACUUUGUAAAGCAGCUUAGGCCAAAAGUUGUGGUGACUUUGGAUAAAAAUUGUGAUCGAAUUGAUGUACCACUUCCCACGAACGUAGUCCAUGUUCUUCAAUGUUAUUCAGCUUUGCUCGAAUCACUGGAUGCGGUAAAUGUUAAUCUAGAUGUCCUCCAAAAGAUUGAGAGGCAUUUCAUUCAACCUGCCAUCAAGAAAAUUAUACUAGGUCAUCAGCAUUCACAGGAAAAAUUACCUUCUUGGAGGAACCUGUUUUUUCAAUCUGGUUUCUCUCCAUUCACAUUUAGUAACUUCACAGAAGUUCAAGCUGAGUGUUUAGCACAGAGGGCACCUGUUCGAGGAUUUCAAGUGGAGAGAAAGCCCUCCUCUCUUGUUCUAUGCUGGCAGAGGAAAGAACUUAUCUCAGUUUCAACUUGGAGAUGCUGAGCAGCAGCUUAAUUUGCUUAUGUAUUUUAAAGGUGUUUAGUAACUUACCUUGCAGUUUAUGUAAUGGUUUAUGUAAUUUAGACUUAUUGAUGAGAUCCAAACCCAAAUGUUUUCUUAACUAAAUGGGUUGGCAUCUAAGAUUUUAUAGUUGUAUUAUUCAAUAUGUUACUUUGAAUAUGGGUAGUAAUUAUGCCAUUUCCCACUUCCAUCAUCUAAGAUGGGUAAAUGUUUCUUUGUUAUCUUGAACUCAAAGCAAAUAUCUUAUUAAGGA